ACAGCCGCAGCAGAGUUGGCUCCGCCACGCCCACGACACAGCUGAACGGCCCAGUGAUGCGCAUCAAGCGGGAGCUGAACGAGAUCAUGCAGAAUCCGCCGCCCAACUGCAGCGCCGAGAUGUACAAGGACGAUCUGUUCCAUUGGAAGGCGGCCAUCGUGGGGCCCAGCGGGACGGCGUACGAGGGCGGCACCUUCAAGCUAGACAUACGCUUUCCGGGCGCGUAUCCCUUCCGGCCGCCGCAGAUCCGUUUCAUAACGCGCAUCUAUCACUGCAACGUGGACAGUCGCGGCGUCAUCUGCCUGGAUGUGCUCAACGAGCGCUGGUCGCCGGUGAUGAACAUUGCCAAGGUGCUGCUCUCCAUUUGGGUGCUCAUCGGCGAGUGCAAUCCGAAUGAUCCGCUAGUCAUGGGCAUUGCCGACCAAUACAAGUGCAAUCGCAAGGAGCACGACAAGGUAGCGCGCUACUGGACGAAACGCUUCGCCAUGCCCAAGACCAAGUCCAGCUCCAAGUUCGAGCAGGAGCAAAUGCAGUCGAACGCACAGCAACCGGACAAGUCGGACCAGGCCUCGGCUCAGAUGUCGGAGCAGGUGUUGCAGCCCUUGUCGCUGCCGUCCAUGCCGGAGCAGCAGGAAGACGCAUCUGAGCAGGAUCCAGAGACACCGAUGAGCAGCGGAACAGGCAGUGAUGGCGCUACUGUUAACCCCAGCCGUAGCGAACUUUAG